AUGGCACCCUCGGUCUUUUUCGUCGGUCUUGGAAACAUGGGCUCCGCCAUGUGCAAGAACGUUGUGCAAAAGGCCAACCUCGAUAAGCCCCUCGUCGUCUACAACCGGAGCAAAGACCGGUCGACGGCGCUGGUCGAGGAGCUCGCCGCGCCGGGCAAGGUGACCAUUGCCGACAGCGUGGUCGCCGGCGCGAAAGAGGCGGACAUUGUGUGGACGAUGCUCUCCGCCGAUGCCAUCGUGGAGAGCGUCUUUGACGAGGUGCUGUCGUCCGACGCCAACCUCGAGGAUAAGCUGUUCAUCCAGAGCGCCACCAUCCACCCGGACACCACCGAGCGCCUCGCCGCCAAGGUCGAGAAGCGCGGUGCUCUGUUCUUGGCCGCGCCCGUCUUUGGCGCCCCCGCCAUGGCCGAAUCGGGCGCUCUCGUCGGCGUGCUGUCCGGCGCAGCUGCGGCCGUCGACCGCGCCCAGUUUCUGUUCAAGGGCGUCACCUCGCGCCACGACAUCCUGCUCAAGGACGCGCCCGUGUCGCACGCGGCACUCCUCAAAGUCAUUGGCAACACGUUUAUCCUCAACAUGGUCGAGCAGCUGGCCGAGGGCCACGUGCUGGCCGAGAAGACGGGGCUGGGCACGGGCGCAAUGCACCAGCUGAUGCAGGCCAUCUUCCCGGGCUCCUACGUGGCCUACUCGGAGCGCAUGAUGUCGGGGCAGUACUACACGAUGGAGCGGCCGCUGUUUGCCGUCGACCUGGCGCGCAAGGACAUUGGCUACGCGCUGAGGCUGGGCGAGAAGGUGGGCGUGACGCUGCAGAACGCGCGGACGGCCGACGCGCACCUGGUGGAGGUCAAGGCGCACGACGGCGAGACGGGCGACGUGGCGGGCAUCUACGGCGCCGUGCGCCAGGAGUCUGGCCUGCCCUACGAGAACCUGAAGUAG